CUGGCCACUCCUGCCAAGUGGACGGACGGCGACUCGCGGAGGUGGAGUCGGAGAGACGACCGGAACGCUCCAAGAAGGUCGGAAAAUGGCGAUCUGCAUCUCCGGAGGCGCUGGAGAUCUCUUUGUUUGCAUCGAGGUCAACUGACAGGGGCGUUGAAAAGCGCCUAGGGCAGGGUAGAAAAGCUUUGCGAUCGUUUCAGCGGUAGCAGAAGGAGCAGAGGUAGAUCAGGGGGAAAGGCAGGGGAUUUGCGGCUAGGUAAGGUAGGUAGUCUGGUCGGAGGACGACCUUGAAGAGUCCCAAUGCUGCACAAAAUCUCUUUGUGAUCAUGGGACCGAGGGACGGGGGGGUAGCGGUUGCUGCCCAACCCAACAAUUUGUCAUGGCCCGGGAAGAUGGGCAGCGGGUCAGUUUCCGGGUCACCGUCUUCUUGGCCGGAGCAGCCUGGCCUGAAGUAUCACAACAGGACAAUGUCAGAGAGCCCAGGGUUUUGCGACCCCAAGUAUGAAGUGAUGGCUCAGGAGUUUGAGAACCUGACAUUGCGGAUCAACCCUCCCAGGGUCGUCAUUGACAACUCAACUCAGGAUGAUGCAACCCUCGUGAAGGUUGAUAGUGUCAACAGACAUGGCUGCCUCCUGCAAGUCGUACAACUGCUGACAGACCUGGACCUCGUCAUCACAAAAGCGUACAUCUCCUCGGAUGGCGGAUGGUUUGUUGAUGUGUUCCAUGUGGUGGAUCAGUUCGGAAAGAAGGUUAACGAUCAGGGCCUUAUCACCUACAUUCAGGAGGAGCUUGGUGCCAAGGGCCCCUCAAAUCAACGGGUGCAGCUACAAACGUGCACUGGCAAGCCUAUCGGCCUCCAGGACAUUGAGGAGCACACGGCGAUCGAGCUCACGGGAGUGGAUCGCCCGGGCCUGCUCUCUGAAAUCUCUGCGGUGCUGGCCACUCUGCGGUGCAAUGUGUCUGCUGCAGCGGUGUGGACACACAACCUGCGGGUCGCGUGCGUGGUCUAUGUCACUGAUGAGACGACCAAGGGGCCGAUCGCUGACCGGGGCAAACUAGAGCGGGUGAAGGAGCUGCUGGCGGGGGUGAUGCGGCCGGAUGACGGGAAGACGACGACCGCGACUGAAUUUUCGGUCUCGGCGACGCACACUGAGCGGCGGCUGCACCAGAUGCUCUUCGCUGAUAGGGACUAUGAAGUAAAGGACCCCUUUGCGAGGCUGCGGCGGCGGGAGGCGAUGGCUCUCAAGGAAGGGGGGGUGCGGGAUGGGCGGGAAGGACCCCCUGGAAUCAGCAUCAGAAAUUGUGUGGACACGGGGUACUCAGUGAUUGUGAUCCGGACGCCAGACCGUCCGAAGCUGCUGUUUGACACGGUGUGCACGCUGACAGACAUGCAGUAUGUGGUCUUCCACGCGACAAUUGACUCGACUGACGGUAUGGCAUUCCAGGAGUACUAUGUUCGCCACAUGGAUGGAUGCACCUUGGAUUCCGAGGCCGAGCGGCAGCGUGUCAUCAAGUGCGUGGAAGCAGCAAUCGAAAGGAGGGUCCCAGAGGGGUUGAGGCUGGAAUUGUGUACCAGCGACAGGGUCGGGCUUCUGUCCGAUGUAACUAGGGUAUUCAGGGAGGCGGGUUUGACGGUAACCCGCGCGGAUGUGACGACUAGGGGGGAAAAGGCGGUAAACGUGUUCUAUGUUACGAGUGCUUCGGGGGGCCAGGUCGACAUGGAGCUUGUGGACAAGAUGCGACGAGAGAUUGGACAUACCAUCUUGCAAGUUUCCGGCACUCCAAUCAUGGGGUCACCGCCUCGGGAUCCUGUAGAGAAGCCUAAGGAGCGGUUUUCGUUUUCUUCACUGCUUCGCUGCAAAUCGGAGCAGAUACUGUACAGCUUAGGGAUAGGGAUGGGGAAGUAGGGGGGGCGCUAUUUUUUUUGUAUAAAGACGCGGUCGAGAGAGUCGGAGCAGAUAAUGCUCUAUAUAUUGUCAUUAUUGAAGUCGAAUAAGUACGCCAAAAGCUUUGCUCAACUACGCUUCUUAUAGAGGGUCUCGUGUUUGCUAGAAGCCUAGUAUUGCUUAGCUCGUUGAACACAGAAGUUUCCAAGCUGGAUUGCAACCUUAUUGUUUCCAGGCUAGUGAUAGCUUGCUGCGUAGAUCGAGUGUGGUCAAAGGGACAGCUGCCAAUGUCCAUGGUUCCAGCCAUGUGGUAAAUCAGGUCUCUCUAGUAUGCGCAGUGAAGCGCGCAAUCUUUGGAUGCUUAUGGCUCUUUAUCUCCGAACAUUUUAAAACAAGCUAUCCUGUCUCCACAUCUGAU